GUCUCGAGGUUCUCAAUCUCGUAGAACGAGUUCUACACCACCAGGGAGAAAAAAAAAGAAAAAAAACUUCACUAUGGAUAGCGACGGCGACCUUAGCUCUAUCGACUCAGCCCCAGAUGCCAGAGUCAUAACCACUGCUCUUCGCAACGCUGUCCAGAAACAGUUUGUUGAAGACCCUUCUAGAACAACCAUCAAAUAUAUCAGAGCCCGCGUUGAAGAUGAGCUCAGCCUAGGGGAUGGCUUCUUGAAGCAGGACUCGUUUUGGAAAGCAGAAUCUAAGUCGAUCAUUGAGGACGAGGCAGUAUGUUUAUCGCCCCACCACUGUUGUGCUCACAGUCUCUGAGCUAUAAUUAACGCGUCUCCUAGAGUAAACAAAACGCUUUGGCGGAAGCCGCAGAGCCGCCAAUCUCACGGAGAGAACCCACCCCAGAAAACCAAUCACCAGUCAAGGCCGCAAAGAAACCCACUAAGAAGCGAGCCUCAGAAGUGAAAAAGGUGGAGGACGGGCCCGGCGACGGUGCGACCGAAUAUCCCAAGAAACGAGCAAAAAAGGCAAAAGGUGUAACCUCUCCUAAGAGCGUCUCCCGCAAAGCAAUAGCAAAACCUUCUAUACUUGAAGAUGGAGAUAAAGAUCUCCAUGAAGAGGUAGUAGAGGUAGUAGCGAAGACUUCCAAGGGAGACACAGCUAAGCAGGCAAGCGAGAGCGAAUUGUCCGAGUUGGAUACAUCCCCUAAGAAGAUAACAAAAAGAACAAAGAGUUCUACAAAAUCUACUACUCCCAAGAAGGCUAAGAAAAUGCAUGAGGUAGCGGUAAAGGAAGGAAAUGCUGAAAAUGGUGGAGCCAAACUUUCAGCAGACGGAGCCCCUGUUGAUGAAGCCUCUGGGAAUGACAGUGAAAUGUCUCUGGUAUUGGACCCGACACCACUAAAGAAGUCGAGACCUCAAAAUCCGAGCGCAGGCAGCAGCAAAAAACAAGGGAGAGCCAAAGUAUCCAAGUCACGCUCAAAGGAGAGAUCGAAGAAGGGAUCGGUAGGUAAUGUGUGAAGGAAGUUGGUAGCUACUUUGCUAACAUUGAAUAGUCCAAGGCAGAUAGUAACCUAAGCCCUGACGAGGAAAAGAUAAAAACGCUUCAACAAUGGUUGCUCAAGUGUGGGGUACGUACUAUCUACUUGAUUGUCUGUCAAAACACUCUAACUCUCCACCAGAUCCGCAAAUUCUGGUCAAAAGAAUUAGCGAAGUUUGAAACUCCUAAAGAGAAAAUCAAACAUCUCACAGGCCUGCUCACAGGUGUAGGCAUGACACCCAGAUACUCCAAUGAAAAAGCCAAAAAGAUCAAGGAAGAGCGAGAGCUGCGGGCCGAAGUUGAGGCUGUCCAAGAAGGGGCCGGAUGGGCGAAAAUGGACAAUGGUAGAGUAAAUACCAGGUCAACUAGGAGCGCUCCAAGUGCGCCAACCACAGAGAAGAAGGUUCACUUUACUCCUUUCUCUUCCGAUAUCCGAAUUCUGAUUUUGAGUGCAGCAAAUUCGUGGAAUGGAAGAUCUCGCUUUCCUCGAUGACCAAAGCGAUUCUGAUUGAUGCUAUCUACUAAUACACCAUUCGUUUAUUAUACCCCUCUUUCUUUUCCGACACUGGUAGCCUGUCACUAUUAAUGAUCAAGACCUGUCUAGUGCUUAUCCUGUUUCAUUUUACAAUCCGCUCGGGUUCCUGUAUGAUCGUUUGCCUGAUAUUUAUGCUGGAUGAGGGAUUAUGGACAUUUGGACCGGUCUAAGUUCUGCGGGGCAAGUGCAUUAUUGUGUAGCUUAUAGCAUAACAUGUUUUUCUCU